AGACCCAGGUGAGCAUGUGGGUGAGCAGGAGGGAGAGAGAGAGAGAGCGGAGGCCUUCACUCCCUCUUCUGUUCUCCCUGUGUUUCUCUCUCAUUAUGUCUGAAGCAGCAGGAAGGAAACUGGCGUCGGUGGAUUUUGAAAUCUUCGGUCACGUUCAGGGAGUCUGUUUCAGAAUGUACACAGAGCAGGAGGGUCUGCGGCUGGGCCUGGUCGGCUGGGUGAAGAACACCCACAGUGGGACGGUGUUGGGACAAGUCCAGGGUCCUGCAGACCUGGUGGAGGAGAUGAAGGUGUGGCUGAGUAAAGAAGGAAGUCCGUCCAGUCGUAUCACCAGAGCUUCCUUCAGCAACCAGAGGUCCAUCGACAAGCUGGAGCUCUCCGGCUUCAACACUCGCUUCUGACCGCACAUAACCAGACGCACCCUGAAGUCCUACAGAGAGAAACACAGUUAAAACAUGUGUGUAAUAAUUAAACGUGUCUACGCCUCUGAAUUCAACAAA